GAUGGAGCCCUGUUUGUUUUGAAGUGGCUGACUGCUGCUGAGGGCAGGACAGUCUGCCAGACCAGCGGCUGACAGGGAAACACACCCAGUGUAGGAGGCAAGAGGAUGGUGACCCAGUGUUUUCUGAGAGGCCUGUAUCUGUUUUAGGUGUCCUGUUCUGUGUGAAGGCCUUCUAUGCUGCUCAAGGUCAGGAAGAUCCAGCAGCACCCUCAGGGACCUGUCCCAACUGGAUCAGGGGAGCUGCAGAGGCAGGUGAGCCCAAGUUUCUCUGCUGCUGUUGUCAGCCUCUACAUGCGGACACUAUGGAGGACUAUAGGACUCUGAAGAGGAUAUAAGGCCUGGACCAGUGUGAAUACUUCCCACAACGGCAUAGGUCCUUCCAGCCUGAUCCUGAGUCAGAGACAGGGGGAAUGGGCCCAGCGUCACUGCAGGAAGAGAAAGAGCUGGAGAAAGAGCCUAAGGAGGAGAUGGAGAGCUACCACUGCCUUCUGCAGGCUGGCUCUCAGCUAGAGAGCACUCUGCAGCAGGUGACUGUACCUGUUAGCCUGAAGGAAGUGGGAGGCUACAUAGAGAAACAGGUGGCAUACCUCUCAGGGGGUCGUGGGGAAGACUCUAGUGUCAUCAUCACGCUCCCUGAAUGCUCAGCGUUCAGUGACAUUCCAGAGGAAGCUUUAACCAAAGUCUUUACAUACCUCACUCUCAUCCCUCGAACGAGGCAACCUGGGGUCAAAUUUAUCAUUAUUUUAGAUCGAAGACUGGAUACAUGGGCAUCUAUCAAAACUGCACUUGCAAGGAUAGCAGCUUCCUUCCCUGGGAACCUCCACCUGGUCUUGGUGCUUCGCCCCACCAGUUUCUUCCAUCGCACUGUUACUGACAUUGGUUUUCGCUUCAGCCAAGAGGACUUCAUGCUUAAGAUGCCAGUGGUAAUGCUGAGCUCUGUAACGGACCUGCUGCACUACAUCGAAGAGAACCAGCUGACGUCAGAGUUUGGAGGGACUUUGGACUACUGUCAUAGCGACUGGAUUGUUCUACGUACGGCUAUUGAAAGUUUUGCUGUUACAGUCAAAGACAUAGCUCAGAUGUUACAGGGCUUUGGCACCGAGUUGGCAGAGACAGAGCUGCCUGAUGAAGUAAAAGCCAUAGAGUACCUCCUGGAGUCCCACACUGACAAAUACAGGAAACUCAAAGAUGCAAUCAGGUCAGUGUCAAAGGAGGGACGUCAUCUUCUCGCAAGCCUGGAGAGUUCUGGGAAAGAUGACGACUCACAUUGGGAUGUGAAGUUGGACUGGGAUACUGUGCAGAGGCUUCUUGCUCAGCUCAGAGAUAUGGAGUCAGCCUUUGAUGGUUUCUUUGAAAAGCAUCAUCUGAAACUCCAUCAGUACCUGCAGUUGCUCAGAUAUGAGCAAAGCUUUCAGGAAAUGGAGUUGUGCUUGGAGCAUCUCUUGGCUCAGGAGAAAGAGAUGUCCAUAUCUGUCGACACUCUGCCUCAAGUGGAACAGGCUCUAAAAAAGCUGGACAGCCUGGAAUCAAACGCACAGGAUGUGAUGGCUCGAGCCCAGAUAAUUAUCCUUCAUGGACACCAGCUGUCAGCUGGUCACCACUAUGCCAUGGCUCUCAUUAUGCAGCGCUGCAAUGAGCUUCGCCACUACUGUGAUACACUUAAUGCUGCUCUAAAGACCAAACACACGCAUCUUCUGCAAACACACCAGUUACUGCUUUGUCUUGGGCAGGCCCAGUCUUGGUGUGAUAAUGGAGCAUAUCUGCUGGCGAAUCAGCUGGUAGAUAAGUUCCAGUCUAAGGAGGGGGCUCAGUCUGCUUUAAAGGACAUUGAGAACUUCCUGGAGGGGGCGCCAUCUCUGCUGAGUUCAGGACCUGAAAUACUGGCCAUCGAGUAUGAGGCUGUCAUCACACCUCAGCUGCAGGCUCAGAUAGGCAAAACGUUUGAGAAACAUGCAGCUGUGCAGCAGAUGAUCCAGAACCGACAGGCUUGUUUGAGAAAACUGGCAGAUAAACACAUACGACCAGUCCAGCUAGUGGCCCCAAGGCCUGAAAACCCACCACGCUCCAAGUCUCCACUAUUCUCCCCUAAGCAUAGUGAUGGUUUGAAGUUCACAUUUGACCUCUCUUUGCCUGGAAAGCGGGGGUCAAGAAAGAGCCCCAAUGCCCGAAAAAUCGAGGUGAUUCACGAUUACCAGGAGAGUCGGAGCUGUGUGUCAUACGGUCUGGAGGGAGAGGACAGCCCAGAUCUCCUUAAGCGCCAUGUGAUGAGAGAACUCAUAGAGACUGAGAGAAUAUAUGUGGAGGAGCUUCUAUCCAUCCUAUUGGGUUACAGAGCUGAGAUGGACAACCCAGCUCUGUCUGGACUUCUUCCCCCAAUUUUGCGCAGUAAAAGAGACAUCCUCUUUGGAAACAUGCCAGAAAUCUAUAAUUUUCACAGCAGGGUUUUCCUUCAGGAUCUGGAGGGAUGUCUGGAGGCACCCGAAACUGUUGGGGCUUGUUUUCUUCAGCGGAAGGAGAAUUUCCAGAUGUAUGAAUGCUACUGUCAGAACAAGCCACGUUCUGAGGCUCUAUGGAGACAGUUCUCAGAUUGUGCCUUCUUUCAGGAGUGUCAAAAAAAGUUGGAGCACAAACUGGGUCUGGAUUCAUACCUGUUGAAACCAGUCCAGCGCCUCACCAAAUACCAGCUGCUGCUUAAGGAGUUGCUGAAAUACAGUACAGAUUGUGAGGGAACAUCUGAAUUGCAGGAGGCGCUAACAGCGAUGUUAGAUCUACUGAAAUCAGUCAAUGACUCCAUGCAUCAGAUCGCCAUCACAGGAUAUGAGGGAGAAAUUUGCGACCUGGGCCGAGUGUUGAUGCAGGGUUCUUUCAGUGUGUGGAUCAGUCAUAAAAGAGGUCCCACUCGCAUGAAGGAACUGGCUCGCUUCAAACCUAUGCAGAGACACCUGUUCUUGUAUGAGAGAGCUUUGCUGUUCUGUAAACGCAGAGAGGAGCAUGGAGACGGCUGUGACAAGACGCCCUCAUACAGCUUCAAGCACUGUCUCAAGAUGACUGCUGUGGGGAUCACAGAGAACGUCAAGGGAGAUGUAAAAAAGUUUGAGAUCUGGUACAGUGGCAGAGAGGAGGUGUACGUGGUUCAGGCUCCGACAGUAGAGGUGAAGAUGGCCUGGCUCAAUGAGCUGCGCAGAAUCCUGACAAACCAGCAGAAGCUGCUUAGAGAUGAGGCGUAUCAACACAGCCAAAUGGUGGAACACAUGCAGCUUUCUCCACCGCUGUCAGAGAGCAAGCAGCAGAGGGCAUCAGUGAGUUCAGAGGACACUGAGUCCGGGAGGAGCAGUCCAGACCCCCAGUCCCACUCCCCAAAACACCAGCACAACCGCAGGAGUUGGCCCGGAGCUCACCACUCGGUAGACAUCUGCGAGAGUCUGGAGGAAUGGCCUGGAGGUCAGGACGCCUUCCACCCAUCUGACACAGAGGAGGACACUUUGUCUCCAGGUAGAUACAGGGCCAUGGCUGACUGUGUCCAAAAUGGGCCAAGCAGUAUUAUCAUCAAGUGUGGUGAUGUCAUUCAGCUACACUGUGAGGACAACAGGGGCCUCUGGCUGGUAAAAAACCUGAGCCGGCGACAGGAGGGCUUCCUUGCAUCUGGCAGCCUGCGUUUGGUUAUAGGAGACAACACUCGAGGACCCUCCUCCAGACUAGGAGAUCCAGGGAACCUGAAGGUGAGAAAACUCAGCUCCCCGUAGAGAAGAAAGCACAGAAUAUGAAUCAAAUAUUGAUCUGAUGAACAAACAGAAGAAACAGAUUGAGCCAUAGCCGUCUUCAUAACUAAUGCACUUAUCAGCUGCCCACUCCUCAUUCCCUGGUGCCGCCUGCUUUCUUCAACAAAGUUCAAUCAUUAAAAUAAAACACGGAAUCUACAAACCUGAUUUUCUCCCAGAUUUUCACUGAUGGGCUCCCGGAGGGUACAGUACAGGACGUGGACAGGAAACACAAGAUGGCACCAGCGCAAAAGGCACAAAGAACUGUUAAGCUCUCUUAGACAAUCAGUAGCCGAUAUCUGAAUCCUGUUUGGUCUUCCUCUUUUUGAUAAUCAAGGUUUCUUCCUUUUGGCACUCCAUCUGCAACUCACUGGAAGUGACGUUACUUCUGCAGGAGGUGGUCACUUCAUUAUUUGUGGACUCAUUUUUCAGUCCUUGUUUGUUCCAGCUAAAAUUUGAGGCUAUACAGUACGUGUUUGUGUUUGUCUCAUUGUGCGCCUAUUGGAUUCUUAUCCAGGAUUUGCCUGAAACAUUUCUUAAAAUUUUGUACAUAUACAGUCUCAUUUUUAACUAAUAUAAUGUAUUUCCAUCGUUGUGUAGUUAGUUGACAUUUUACAUUAAACUACUUCAUUGUAUUUUUUUAACAUUUCAUUCCAGAAGGCACUGCUGUUCUGUACAGUCUAGGAGUUAAAAUGCCAAAAUGUGCCAUGCCAUAAUGCCUUUUUAUUCCUGCUCUUUUUUGAGUCUCUCCUCUCUUGUAUGUACUGUUUGCAAUAUGGAAUAAUCCUCUUGCUUUCUUGCUUCAUCCUGACCUCACAAAUAUUCAACAGGCACUUUAAUAAGGCGGAAAGACAGUAGAGAAACAAAUCCAUGAUUGUCUCCUCAUUGUGUUCUCUGCUUGACGCCAUGCAGUCUACUUCCCCUUAUUUAUGCACUUAUUUACUGUUUAUUGCUGAAUGUAAGGUGUGUUAUGGAGGCAGGGGAGACAUACCCCCCGCAUGCAGACAGCAGAUGACAUGUCAGUGUGUGUGAUGUAAGACAAAGGCCGAUGUGAUUAAGAUGGAUGGCAACCAGUUCCUUAGUGUGUCCCAUAGACAAAAGGGAGGCGGGAGAAUGAGGAACUGAUUGCUGUCAUUUUCCUGUGGAUCCGUUGGGAGUGGACUGUCACAGUGAAGGGAAUGGAAAACAAGGGAUAUUGAAAGAAACACACAGAGAGAGAUUAUGCUCUGUCUGCUUUUCCAUCACGGAGGCAGAUUGUUUCCUCCUCAUCAUUACUGCUCCGUUAAUCUUAGGUUCUCCAUUAAAAGGGAUCAUACAGCCAACAUGAAAUAUACCCUCUGUGUCGAACGCUUAAUUAAAUAUUGAUUGCAGACUUAUAUGAAUUUACCACAUCAAAUCGAGGCCUCAGUUGGAGGGCUGGCUUUGAUACGCUGUGUUUGAUAUGGUAAUUAGUUUAGAAAGCAGCAGGAGCUGCUACGCACUACACAUUUCCUAUGUUGUUGAUUUAUUUAUUUUGCUGUCAUGUUCUUUCUUAAUAUUAUGAGGUAUGUGUGCAGCCCAGAGCACUUGACUGCACAGCAACACCCCUCCCUUUUCGCUUAUAUUACCAAAUGAUUUUAUUGUAACUUCAAUCCCAAAUGCUGCAGAUUUUGCACAGAUUUUCCAGGUUGGAAAAAACAAAACAAAAAACCCAUGCUUGAAAUAUCAUGUAUCCCAAUGAGCCAAGUAGCCUAAGCUUACAGCUGAAUGUUUAUUUAAAAAAAAAUGCAUGGCAACUGAACAUGAGCAGGUUUGUAUUCGACAGUCACUGUUCCAAACUGGUUUCUUUUUGUACAGCUUCAGUACUGUAAAGAAAUAAUCAAGGAAAUAAACCAUAUUUAUUGCAAUAAUUGA